UGUACUCCAUCCAUCCAUCCAUUUUCUAUUCACCUCAAGAUAGGUUUUUAGCGUGCGGCAACCUUAAAUGGAGCUUGCGCAGCUUUGGAUUUUAAUAUUUUAAAUAAAAAAUUAAAUAAAAAAUUAAAUAAAAAAUAGAAAUAAAAUAAAAAAAUCCUAUUUUCCAUAAGAUAAGUUUUUAACGUGCGGUAGCCUUAAAUAGAGCUUAAGCAGCUUUGGAUUUAAUAAAAUAAAUAAUAAAUAAAUUAAAGUUUUCAUGAUUUUUUCAAAGAAGAAAGAUACUUAUUAAUGUUUUAUACAAAUAGAUUGCCGUAAUAAAGUUACAAUCAGUGCAAAUAAAAUAUUUUUAAACUAGUCCUACAUUUUUUAUUUUGUUUGCUUUCAUAAAAUGUGUUUAAAUUACUUUUAAAAUAGAGAUUACGCAUUUUUGUAUCAGGAAAAUUAAUUUAUAAAAUGUGUAUUUCAUAUACAGCAAAAACAUUUUUAACAAUGCAAUCUCAUUUAAGAUUGGAUAGAUACAGGAAUAUAUUCAUUACACCUAAUUUGUUUCACUUCAUAAUGUACAACUCUGAUUUCCUUCUUUGAAUAUUAUAUAAGGAUUUAUUGCAAUUUCAAAUAAAAUAACCAGAGUGACCACUGUUAAAAUAUAUUAAUAAAAUUUUAAUAUGGGACCACCUGGAUCUAAUAUAAAUUAUUCAAGUAAUAGUACUGGUUAUAUAACUGAGAAGAUGUAUGUAUUGCUACAGCUAUAUCUUCAAAAUAAAAAUUGGAAUCCCACCAAUGAAUUGGUGCAAUGUUUUGCUGAUCUAAAGGAAACAUCGGUGCUGCCAAGUGCUUCAUAUUUACAUGGAGGGCUUCAUCAUUUGCCUCUCCGAACACCUCCUAGAGGAAGUGGGCCUCUACCCAGGUCCAGCAGGACCAAGCAUCUCCCACAUUGGUGACCCCGACUAGGAGAGGACAACACGGGACUUCGCCGCAUCUUCACCGGCCUCAUGCUGUGCGUCCGCUAGCUGAUCCCGGGACUUGGCUUCGCGGUUCGCCUGUUCAGGCGACCGCCCUGCAGCAAAUCUUCGGCCUCUUCGCCGCCGUCAGCCUGUCUAGGCGACCGCCUUUCGACGGAACAUCGUUGCCGCGGCCAGCCUGUCCAGGCGACCGCCUUUCAAAGCAGCAGCAUCUUCAGCAGCUCUUCAAAGCGCAACAUCACCGUCACCGUGGCAGCCCAGCAACUAACAGCACAUCGUCUCCGGAGCCUUGGGACCUGCCUCGCUCAUCUCGUCGCAUAAUUCAGCGCCCCAGAAGUCUUGGUUUCAUCAUUUGCCUCUCCGAACAUCUCCUAGAGGAAGUGGGCCUCUACCCAGGUCCAGCAGGAUCCAGCAUCUCCCACAGGCGAUCGUUGAGACGGUUCUGAAAUUGUUACCCUUGAGUCUAUGUUGUUACACAGUUUAUAGGACUUCAAAAAAUUCAAAUGAGAUAAGAAUUAUACUAAUAGAUAUAAAUAUGUCAGUUAUUGAGAAAAGAUAUGAAUGGCUUCACGGCACACAGGAAUAUAUAAUAACCCGAAAUUAUUAAGGCCCAAAAAUUUUAAGGCUCAAAAAUUUUAAGGCCAAAAAAUUGUAAGGCCCAAAAUUAUAUCCUAGAUGUUAAGUUAUUGGGAAAAGAUGUAAAAGCUUCAGGGCACACAGAAUGUUAGUUACAAGAAUCGGUUUAAAUAGUCAGGGAAGACUUAUAUUACGUGAAAGUGGUAAACUAAUAAUUCCUUACGAACAAUUUGGGAAUGCAGUUAUGAUGAAACAUCUGGAUGGACCGCAUGGACUACAUUUAACCGCUGAAGGUACAAUUAGAGCAAUAAUAGAGCAUUUCACUAUUGGUAAAGAAAACUUUGGAAUGGAAAAGGAAUUCAUUGUUGAAAUGGUUCAAAACUGUCCAAAUCCUACGUGUCGUUUUUAUAAAAAUCAAGCUGAGUUAUCGCAGAAAUCGGUUGCGGUAGGAUCUUUCUUUAAUCAAGAGCACGAUACCAUAUCAUCAACAUUAAUGCGUACAAAUUAUUCAUUAAACAUGGAUUUUCAAUCGAAUAUCAACAUAGCUAUUCCGUCGCAUAGUGGAACAUCUUUAUCAGAAACAUCUGAUAACAGAAGCAAUAAUAGCCAACGAUCUUAUUCUUUAUUACUUAAAAAAAUAGGCACAAAGCUACAUGAAACAUCAGCGAAAAUUGUGCCUACUUCUGAUUCUUUUAAAUUAACAGAAUUUCUCCGAACAAAUUCUGACAAUUAUGAAAAUAGUAGUAAUUUGCAAACUUUCAGAAAUUCAGUAAAAGAGUUCACGUCCUUAGACAAUGAAAUGUGGGUUAUAGAUGCAGACUUAAAAAGUGGACGAUCUACUACAAUAAUUGAUGGACAAGAUAAAAUAAUUAGAUCUUUUGCUGAAGUCAUGAAGAAUAUGUCCAGAAUGAAAAGUUGUGUACGGCCAGCUAUGUGCAAGCCUUAUGGAAAGCAAUCAGAAACCUUACAAAAAACUUUAAUUGACACAAUUCAGCUUAUUCAGUCACUCCGGAGUUUUUUACCACCACCUCACAUAUCAGUGUCAAGUUGGAAAACUGAAGACAAACAUGGAUUAGAUCAUAGUAACGCCUCUUAUCUACCAUGCUUGUAACUUAUAAUAAAUUAUACUUUACUUUUAAUCAAUAAAGAAUAAGCGAAAUAAA